ACUUGUAAUAUUAUAUCUCUAAUCUCUAAGUAAAGUUGUUGAUGGUGUGGUUUGCUUUGAAUUUUUGUGUUUUAAACGAAGGUAAUUUAAUCGGUAAGAAGGUACAAUUAGAUUCUUUCGGAAAGCCAUUUUCAGAAAGCCACAACUCAUGGCUUUAGUUAUCUUCCACCAUCACCUCAUAUUUUUCUGUCUCUCUGUCGGUACCAUGAGACCCGAGACGAAUCCACUAGACCUCAACAACUUGCCCGAUGAUUACACUAGAGAUGGGAAACAGUCAGUUUUUGAGGAAGGCUCUUCCUCCACAGGCUGUAGGAAAAAGAAAAGCGGCGCUAAGGAUGGGAAAGAUGAGUGCGGGAAAGUCUAUGAAUGCAGGUUUUGUUCCCUCAAGUUCUGCAAAUCUCAAGCACUCGGGGGACACAUGAACCGCCACCGACAAGAGAGGGAGACAGAAACACUGAACAAGGCUCGACAGCUGGUUUUCAGUAACGAUAACAACUUAGCCGCCCCAGGGCAUAUGGGCAGCUGUCAUCCCAGUUUUCACUCGGGAGGCGGUAUUGGCGACCCAACACUACCGUUCCGAUCAGUUUACCAGCCGAGACUGUUCUCCGGUUCAUCGUCAAACCUGAUGCCACCGCCUCAGGCAGCUCAACCGUAUCUAUACCCGUCGCCGUCUCGUCUCCCUUCCUACCACUCACAAUAUUCCCCUCACUCCGAUUACUAUGUGGGCCAUGUCCUCGGGAGUGGCAGUACUUCACAAUAUCCCCACCAAAACCUAAAUUUCAUUGGGGCACAAGAUUCCAACUACACCUGUAUUGGCGCACCUGUCGGACAUGGGUUUGGACCUGGUUCGAGCCGUGGGUCAGAGAGAGACGGGCCACUGAGCAACCAGGAAGAGGGAUUGAAUUGGGGUAGGAGCCAGCGCUUGGAUCCUCCUUCAUCGAUCAAUCGGUUUCACGAAGGGUUCUAACAGUUUUUUCUUCUUUUUUUUUCUUUUCUCCCUUUAAUUUUCUGUAUUUUUGGAUAUGUUUGGUUUGACACGGCACCCAGCCAGAGAGAGACUUAACAAAGUACUGAAAAUGGGGUCAUGCAAGGAAGGAGAAGAGAGAGAAGCGUUUUGGUUUAUGUACAGAGUACAGAGAUUGGGGCAGCUUUUUAGCAUCAGCUAGUUUGGCUUUGAGCUGUGGGGAUUGAAGGGGGUUGUGUUUGUGUGUACUAAACCAACUGUGACUAGAGCUAGGUGGUGGGACAACCAGUUGGAUAUCAACUGAAGUUCCCAACCCCUUUUAGCAUUUCCAGUUCCUUUUUGCAUGCCAAUCAACUUUUAUUAUGUAG